CGCUGAAAUGCGCUGAAACUUGAAAGCAACAGCAAAACUUUUUAGUUUUAUUUUUAUAAUUCUUUCCUUUUACCAUUAAUAUCCAUUUUAAGACUUUUUGAAAUUAAAUGCGAAAAUGUACGAUGAGUUUGUUAACGACUGUGAGAAUACUCAAACUCAAACACAAAAUUCCCAAGUUGAAUGGAGUCAAAAUACAAUUCCGUCUAUAAUUCCUAAUAUUUGGGGACGUCUUUAUACAACAAAUAUUUGGAAGAAAAAUGACACCACUAAAGCAGACUAUUGUGAUCUCAUGCAAUCUGAAUUUACUCUCGGAAGAGCGCUUAGUUGCUCAUUUAUUGUGAAGAAAGACAAUAUAAAGGAUAAUAUUAUUAAAAAUGUUAGUAAGCAGCAUUUUGUCAUCAAGAGAGACAUGACUGAACCAUUAAACCCAGCUAUCAUAACAGACCUCUCAUACAAUGGCACCUAUAUUAAUGGAACAAUAAUUGGUAAAGGAAAUAGCCGAGUCUUAGAUGAUAAUGAUGAAAUUGCAAUCACUCAUCCAGUUAUUAAAGUAUUUCUUUUUAAAGAUUUAAAGAAAAAUGAACAAGAUAAAGUACCAAAAGAAGUUUCACAAAAGUAUUAUAUUUCAAGAGUAUUAGGACAAGGUGCUUGCGGUGUUGUAAAAUUAGUUUAUGAUAAAGAAAAAUGUACAAAGCAUGCCAUGAAAAUAAUAAGAAAGUGUCGACUUACUAAUGGACAAAUUAACCACUUAAAUGAACCGGUUAAAAUAAUGAAUGAAGUCAAUAUAUUAAAGGCACUAAGACAUCCCUGUAUUAUUGCAACGGAACAAGUUAUAGACUCCAAAGAAGCUGUAUAUAUUAUUCUGGAACUGAUGCAAGGUGGUGAAUUAUUUGACAGAAUAACAAAGCAAGGCCAAUUGACUGAGAGCUUGACUAAAUUCUUCUUUAAACAAAUUGUAAUGGCUGUUAAGUAUCUACACUCUCAAGGCAUCACUCACAGAGACCUGAAACCUGAGAAUGUGCUAUUGGAGAGUAAGGAUGACGACACAUUAGUGAAAAUAACUGACUUUGGUUUAAGUAAAUUUGUUGGUGAAGAUAGCUUCAUGAAGACCAUGUGUGGCACACCAAUAUACUUGGCUCCCGAAGUGCUGAGAGCAAAUGGACAAAAGUGUUAUGGACCUGAAGUUGAUGUUUGGAGUUUGGGAGUCAUAUUUUUUGUAUGCCUAGUUGGCUACUUGCCGUUCUCCCAAGAGUACAAGGAGGUGUCCCUGAGCGAGCAGAUCCUCAGCGGCCGCUAUAGGUACUCGCACAGCCACUGGAGGGGGAUCAGUUUGCAGGCCAAACUGCUCAUGAAGAGGAUGUUGACGGUGAACGUUCAGCGGAGGAUAACUCUUGACCAGAUACUGAAUCAUCCGUGGAUGCAAGAUGCUGAAAUUGAUCUCAAAAUAAAUAUAUUACUAUCUGAAUCAAAAAUGAAAAAUGGCACCCUGACUUUAACCGGCAGUUCUGAUGAGGAGAAUAAAGACCACAAUAAUUGUACCACAGCUGUGGUGAGGCUUGUAGCAGCUAAUAAAAGAGUUCUGAGUGACAGUCGCAACUCUAGUGAACCUGUGCCAAAGAAAUUGAAGGUUUUCUGCUCCGGAGAUAAAAAUGACAGUAUUUCUACAAACAGUGUUACUUCUGAAGAGUAACUGGUGUUUUUAGUGACUUGUGUUGCGCCACAACUAUGGAAAUACCUUCUCAAUAAUACCAGCAAUAAAACAACCGUCGGUCGCAGACAUGAUUCAUUCAUCUUUGGAACAUCAAAGGAAAUAUUUAUUGGUGGUAUUUUAAGGUCCAAACGGCAUAUUUGAAGGUGAUGUCUUAAAUGAUGGUAUCAUAAUUCCUUUGGUGUUGCCAGAGAGAAUGUUAUCUGCGAACAUUUAGCCUUAGAUGCUUUCACCUGUUUGUUUAAAAUUACCAUUAUUUCAAAGAUUUUAAGGUUAUUUUCAUUUUUCAUAGUUGAGGUAUUAAUUUUUUAUUUCAAUCAUUGACAUAUUAUGUUGUAAUAUGAUUGUCAACAUGUUGAUUUUUUAAUUAUAUCGCGGUGCUCGAUUUAAAUGUUCCGAUUAGAUAUAUUUUAAAAGUAUUAUUUUAUGUUAAGUAAUGUUUAGGUUUGAACAAAUUACCUCGUGACCUGCGACACUGGCGAUCAUCUGUGACUGUGGCCGCGGUUAUUUGCGAUUUGUGAUCUCUAUUGUUUUUUAUUUGUAAUAUUUGUUCUGGUCCCAGUUUCGUCAAAUUCUCGUAUUAAUUAUGAUAAAAGCGCAGUUUGUAACCCUUAUUCCAUACAAAAUAUAACUCAUAUUAUGGUCAAAUUCAACCAUAAAAUAAACAGCUGGUUAGUAUGUUGUCCAAUUUUGGAAUAAUACAGUUUUGAAACCGAAUAUAUAAUAUUUAAAACUACUUGGUACACUUUGGCAUUCAUUUUGUGAAUGUACUAUUUGUGUGGAUUGGUUUAACUUUUUAUUGUGAUGUGGACAGAUCUUGGGUUUUUUUGCGCCGAUGAUGACGUUAAUUUUGAUAAUUUAAGGGUUCACAUACAUUGGCACAACUGGGUCCAAUCUAUCCCACCGUUGUUGAUUAAUGUGCCAGUUUAAUUAUAUUAUUAUGUUGAUAUGAACAUUGAUAUAUGAAUGAUGAUGUAUGUCUACAAAUAAAAAGACGACAUUAUAAAAUAAA